AUGGCUUCUCCUGAAGUCUCGCUCAAGCGCAAAGCAUCAGAUCUUGACCAGUCUGUUGAACAAAUCAAGGUAGAUCGAAACAAGGUAGACUCGUCGACGAAGACCAUGGGUCCUUUUCUCAAAGAGACCCGGAUGUUUUCCAAAGUCAUGACUACCUACGCCGGCCCCAACAAGACCAAAUCCACCGUCCACAAGCAGUUGUUGCUCCCUGACAAUCUGGCCAGAUACGAGAAGAUCCAUCCACCUGAGGAUGUCGAAGUCGUUGAGCACUCUUGA